UUUGAAGGUGAAUGAAAACAUUGAAACCAGACUGAACCAACAGCUAUGCAAAUAACCAAGGUACAUACAGGACUGCUUGUUGUCAGUCUUUUGCAAAUUAUCUAUGCAGAUUCAUUAAUUUCACAAAGACACAUGUCAGCGACUUGUGGAGAACAUGCAGUGGCUGCUAUUGUCAUAGAUGAGGAUGGACAACUCUACGUAUGUCAAUGUAUGGCCGGUUUUGUUGGAAACCCAUACAUUAAGUGUGAACCUGGUGAAGAUGUCAACGGGCAUAAGGGUAAAGAUGGAAAUUCAUUCAUUGCACAAAGACAUAUGUCUGAGAGCUGUGGAGAACAUGCAGUAUCUGCUAUUCUCAUAGACAAGGAGGGACAACUCCCCAGAUGUCAAUGUGUGGAAGGUUUUGUUGGAGAUCCAUACGUUAAGUGCGAACCUGGUGAAGACAUCAGUGGGCAAAAGGGUAAAGAAAAAAGUGCAUCUAUGACCUGUGGAGAAUAUGCAGUGUCUGCAAUUGUUAUAGAGGAAGGAGGACAAUUCAUUAUAUGUCAAUGUAUGGAAGGUUUUGUUGGAGACCCACACAUUAAGUGUGAACCUGCUGAAGACAUCUAUAGGGAAAAGGGUAAAGAUGCAGAUUCAUUCAUUGCAGCAAGAAGUGCAUCUAUGAGUUGUGGAGAAAAUGCAGUGUCUGCUAUUGUCAUAGAGCAGGUUGGACAGCUUAUCAUAUGUCAAUGUAUGGUAGGUUUUGUUGGAGACCCAUACAUUAAGUGCGAACCUGGUAAAGAGGUAUAUGGGAAAAAGGGUAAAGAUGCAGAUUCAUUCAUUGUAGAAGAAUGUGCAUAUGUCACUUGUGGAGAAAAUGCAGUGUGUGCUAAUAUCACAGAGGAGGGGAAACUACUCCCCAUAUGUCAAUGUGAGGAAGGUUUUGCUGGAGACCCAUACAUUAAGUGCGAACCUGGUGAAGACAUCUUUGGGCAAAAGUGUACAGGCAAUAGCAACUGUGAUGAUAAACAUGCCUGCUAUAGUGGAGAAUGUCAAGAUCCUUGCGUGUUCAGAUGCCUACAAAAUGAAUGUGUCGUGCUAAACCAUGCUGCUAUUUGUUUGGGACUAAGAUACAAAGAAAAACCACUUAAAGUUCUGAGGUAAGCUGAAAGCUGUCAGCAACUUGGAAAUUUAGCUAUGUAGUUCAUGAAACAUAUCUAGAUACAUGGCAGAUACUGUGGGUGAAGUUUUUACUACUAAUAAUUUGUUUGGGAUGAAAGUAAACAUUAA